AUGGCAAUCAAGAAGGUAAUUGUCGUAGGAGCCGGCCCAUCAGGCCUAAUCCUCGGUCUACUACUCGCAAAACAAGGCAUUGAAGUCGAGCUUCUCGACGCUGGCGCGGAGCUAGAUGACCAGCCCCGCGCAGCACACUAUGCCUCUCCAGCAGCCUACGAACUAGAACGAGCCGGCGUCCUCGACGAUGUCAAGGCGAGCGGCAUAAUGCCCAAGGGAUUUGCCUGGAGGCAGAUGGACACCACUUUCAUCGCAGGAUUGAACCUCGACGUGUUGCCUGACGACUACCCGUACAAAAUGCAGGUUCUCCCACUUGAUCGCCUGGGGAAACUCUUGUACGAACAUAUCCAACGUCAGCCGACCGCGCACGUGAAGUGGUCUCAUCGUGUUAUUAAGAUUGGUCAGGAUGAAGGGAAGGCGUGGGUUGAUAUUGAGACUCCAAAUGGCACAGUGCGAUCCGAAGGUGACUACGUGAUUGGCUGUGACGGGGCGAGCAGUACCGUACGGCGAGAACUAUUCGGUGCCGAAUAUCCCGGUGAGACGUUGAAUGCACAGAUUAUCGCGACGAAUGUGUACUACGACUUCGAGCGCUACGGCUACUGGGAUAGCAACUUUAUCGUCCAUCCUACAAACUGGUACAUGGCGGCGCGCAUCACCCAGGACGGACUUUACCGUGUCUCUUAUGGUGAUAUUCCUGGCCUCGCCAAGGAGGAAUAUACUGCCCGUCAGCCUCGGCGCUGGGAGGAGAUCUUGCCCGGGAACCCGAAGCCGGAUCAAUACAAGAUUGUCAACAUGAAUCCGUAUAAACUGCAGCAACGGUGUGCACCGAGCUUCCGGGUGGGAAGAAUUGCUCUUGCGGCAGAUGCGGCUCAUCUCUGCAAUCCAUUUGGUGGUCUCGGACUUACAGGCGGCAUCGUCGACGUAGGCAACCUCUUUGACGCUCUGAUGGGUAUCCACAAGGGACUGGCCGAUGAUGAUAUCUUGGAAAAGUACGCCGAAGUUCGCAAGCGCAUGUGGGAGGAGGUCAUCGACCCCAUGUCUCGCGAGAACUUCCGACGGCUACAUGAUCAGGAUCCUGAGAAAGCGCGAGAGAAUGAUGACUUUUUCCAGGCGCUGAUCAAAUCGGAGACGGAUGGAGAGCUGGCGAAGGAGUUUGCUCUGGGGUUGAAUGUGCUGCAGCAUGAUAUGACACAGUACUAUACCAAGGGUGUAUAG